AUGACGGGGUCGCUGGCAAGUUGUGGUGGUUUUGUGCCCCCCUGCCCGGCCGGCCGAGACGUGCAACGGCCACCCGCACCCUUCGCCGGCGGAGGCGUGCAGCGUGCUGAACGGGCUGAUCCACGUGGUGCUGGGGCUGUGGGGCAGGCGCCUCCCAAGGAGCCGUGCUGCUCCCUCAUCUUCGGCCUCGUCGACCUCAACGCCGCCGCCUGCAUCUUCCUGGCCAUCAGCGCCAACGUCCUCGGCGUCAACCUCACGCUGCUGCCGUGCUGCUGCGGCUGCAAGGCGCCCAAGGGCUCCCGAUGCGUCUGA